UAACAUCAGGAAAUGAUGAACAUUUUUUGGAUGUAUGAAGGUUUUAAUAUUUCUUCAGAAGACUUUUUGCAGGGCUUCACCAGUACAGUUCUUUCCAUUUUAUUCAAAUCUCAAGCACGGUAAAAUCAGCGCUACUGUAUAAGUCUACAAGCCCUUGUAUAAACAAGAAGUCUGAUCAUUGCUGACGGUCUGUGCUUUUUCUGUUUGUGGUACAGGAGAAAUUAACACCAGAAAAGCUGGCGCAAGAACAUCACAAAGUCUCUCCGAUGUUUUAUACACACCUGUUAUAAAAUUAUCAUGGAGAAUUCAACUGAAAUUGUGUUUGUUCUACAAGGACUGAAUGAGACGAAGUCGAACAAACACACAUACUUUGUCGUCACUCUUCUCGUUUAUCUUUUUACUAUUUUAGUGAACCUGACUUUGAUCGUGACCAUUAUUCUGGAGAAAACGCUCCAUGAGCCCAUGUUUAUAUUUCUGUGUAACUUGUGUGUAAAUGGCAUAUUUGGUGCCUCUACAUUUUAUCCUAAAAUAUUGGUGGAUCUUUCAUCUGACGUGAGUGUUAUUUCGUAUGAAGCGUGUCUGGCUCAAAUGUGUGUAAUAUACAGCUACGUCUUCUGUGAAUUUACUACGUUAGCAGUGAUGGCUUAUGACAGAUAUGUCGCGAUAUGCAAGCCGCUGAAUUACCACUCAAUCAUCACACCUGGGAAGGUGGGGAAAAUGCUGCUUUUUACCUGGCUGUUUUCCAUCACUGAAUCAAUUAUUGGAAUGAGCCUGGUAGCCAGACUACCCCUCUGUGGAUUCAACAUCGAAAAGAUUUACUGCGUAAACUGGGCAGUGGUAAAGCUGUCAUGUGUGGGUACCACUAUCAACAACAUAUACGGGUACAUUCUCAUGUUUUCUCAUAUUUCACAAGCAGUGCUAAUCUUGGUUUCCUAUAUUAAUAUCGUAAAAGCAUCGGUGCGAUCGCAGGAACAACGGAGUAAAUUCAUGCAGACCUGUUUGCCCCACUUAAUCACAUUGACCAAUUUCUUAAUCGCACUAGUUUUUGACAUCAUGUACGCUCGCUAUGGUUCCCGCAACCGUCUGCAGCCUCUCAGCAAUUUCCUGGCCUUGGAGUACCUCGUUGUCCCGCCGCUCCUAAAUCCCAUUAUUUAUGGCUUGAAAAUGAACCAGAUCCGCAGGAGAAUCUUUAGAACUUCACGUCCGAAAAUUGAUGCUCUAAAGUGAAUGUUGUUUUUACUUUCCCCUCCAGACAGGAAAAUAUUUUUUUUAAAAAUAUGUGCUUGAUUGAAUUUUGCAUAUGUAUCUGAAAUAUUGGUGUUUGAAUUGUUAUCAGUCUCAUUUACUACCUUAAUCUUCAUUAAGAUCAAUCCUAAUUUUUCUUGUGAUGUGCUUUCGUUUGCAAGCCCAGUAUAGCCUACUUUAAUUCUCUCGCACCCCUGCAGGUAUGUGCCUGGCAGGCAGUAGCCUACCAAAUUUUAGCCUCAGUGCUUGCACAAUGAAGCUGCUUCAUGGUUAAGAACCUUAACCUUCGCCGCAGGCUACACCAAGUGUUCCAAGCGCAGAUAAUUCCUUUGGCACGCACGGCCCAAGCGCCUGGAUAUUAAACGCAAUUGAAUUUGAAAAUGUGUUUAUCAGGGAAUAUAUUCCUGAAUUUAUAGGCAACUACUGUGACCUUAUCGUUGUCAUAUUAUGUUAGUCUGUAAUAUCUACAAGAAAAAAUAAAUCACCGUUAAAUUUAAUAUAUCGAAAUGAAAUGUAUCAGGAAACACUUUCUAUGCUGUAAAGGACGCCGUAGAUCAUAAAACGUAGACUAAACCUUACGUAUGGAAAAUAUUCACUUAGUUUUGACUCAUAGAGUUAUGAUUUAGUUUGUAGACGAACAAGUGACGAA